GCGGGCGGGUCGGGGGAGAUCGUGGCCCCGGGGAUGAAGCGGCGCCCGGGCAGGUGCCCGCAGGAGGAGGAGGAAGUGGCGGCGGCGGCUGCGCGCUGCUGUCUGCUGGACGCGGUGCUCGGCUCCCUGUAUGAUCUCGCACAGGAGAAGAGCCGUUAGUUAAAAAUGAAAAGAAAAAGAUCCAGAACAAAAAUGUGGAGAGCAAGAUGGGGUCAGAACCUUCCAGAACAGCAAUGGAAAAUAGAGCUGCGUGUCCUGAUUCAGCAAUCCCAGGCAAAAGGAAAAGUGCUUCCAGUUUCUUUGAAAAACUGAAAAAUGAGAUGCAUCAUAACUCUGUUGAUUCAAAACGAUCAACCCCAGAAACCAGCGGUUCUAAUGCUGUGUCACCCGAACCUACGCAACAGGGAAAGACCACAGAGGUGGAAGUUGUGACAUUUCAUGGUCGGAAUAAAAAGAAGAAACCUAAAGUGGAACUCACUCAGGACAGUGUUUCAAAGACAAAGAUGGCUAUUCCAGAGAAAAAUGUGGCUGGACAAGAAUUUAACUUAGAAAAAGCCCGUCUGGAAGUACACAGGUUUGGAAUCACUGGAUAUGAAAAGAAAGAACAGCGGAUAUUGGAACAAGAACGUGCCAUCAUGCUGGGAGCCAAGCCUCCCAAAAAGGAAUAUUUGAACUACAAGAUUUAUCAACAGAAAAUUAAAGAGAAGAAAACAGUGAAGAAAGAGGAUCAUAGUAUGGAAUAUAAAUCUGAUUCUAUCAAGAAAAAGAAGAAAAAAGGUCAGGAGCAGAGGAAAUCCAAAAAGAAAAAAUCAGCAGCCAGUAUUCUGCCAACAGGACAGGUUGGAAAAUUUACAAAUGGGACCUUGGUUCUUAGAGGUAGUGACCUAAAGAAAAUUAAAUCAUCAAAAGCGGUUAAAUGAAGUUGGUACACCACAUCAAACCUGAAAAUGAGCUAGAAUUAAUUUCUUAACUAAAAAAUGUCUACAUAGCCAAUGUUUCUUCGCUGUAUUUUAAUACCUGUUGCAAUACUUUGGGGUUUUUUGGUUUUUUUACCUCAACAUCACCCAGUUUCCACUCUGGGGAGAACAUAAAAUGCAUACAUCAUAAAUUCUGAGUAAGAAAAAAUAAGUUGUUUUUUUUUUUUUCCCCUAAUGGCAAGUAACCUAAUUAAACGAUUAUUUUCAUUGGCUAACAAAGGUGUUGUACUUUAUUAGUCUGAGAACUGUUCACUUUGCGAGCUGAAAAUUACUUGGGUGUUGUCUCAAUGAAAAAGUGACUUAUGUUUGUUUGGGAUUUUUUUAACUGAAGAAAAAAAGUUUAGCUUUUUGUGAGUAUGAGGACAGUGAGGAAAUAGCCCACGCUUUCCUAUUUAAAAAUAACAUUCUUUGGAUGUUUGCACUUUUUUUUUUAAACAGCUCUUGCACUGAAACACAAUCAUAGAUGGGCAACUCAAGUUUAGCAGGGAGAAUAACCCUCACUGUGGAUUUCAGAGUAACAGCCGU